AUGAUUGUCUCUACCGCUUUUUCCUUUUAUUUCCCGUCUUUCUCCGAGAUUUUGGCCAUGGCAGUCAGUCUCGGAAUGACUUGGUACAGCACUCUGUUCGGAAGCACUUGGGUGGAACUGAUUUGCGAAAACAAGGGUAUCAGCGGCAGUUCCAAGGAUAAUACCAUGGAAGAAUUCAAAAUGGCCACGGAGAAACGGUGGCCCUAUCCCGUCCACUACUGCUACAUUUCCUCGAUGUUGUGCAACAUUGUCAAGUCUUGGUUCUUGAUGCAUUGGUUUCAUGCUUUGGAGGUUACCUUUUUGGCGGAUGCCUUGAGCGUCGCCUUGUGCUGGUCCACAAUCCAUUUGGUCUCUGUACAUCAUUCCUUUUGGAAAGGCGAGAGAAUGGAGCUCAUGGCCAUUGAUUGUGCCUUUGGGGUGACCAGCUGGGCCAUGACGGCGGUAUUCCUAUCCCAAAUUCCGCGACCAUUUGGAUAA